UCACCUUAAAUGCUCCAACAAGCCUAACAUAUAAAAUGACCUUGGAACCUGCUUCAUAAAGAAGCUGUACUGUCCUUAGACCUGGGCAAGAAGAACCAGGCCCUGAGUCCUGCCCCUGUGCUGCAGAGGGACUCACUUUAGUGCUUGGUCCCAUCUACUCCCCACCAUGAGGAGUCCCCAGAGCCUGGGAGAAAGCUCUCCUGGAAACGAUGCUAUCCCUCUAUACCACAGGGACCCAAGACCCUGGACCUGUACACCCAGAUAGCCAUUUCAGCAUCUCGCGUCCUGCUGGGACCUCUUCUCUGGGUUUGUCCUCCUGAAGGCUGACCUUGGCUUCCUCGAGGGAGCAUCUCUAGGCCCGAGGCACAUGGGCAGAUUGCAGGUGGUCCUGAUGACUAUAAAGACAAUGAUUUGUAUAUCAGAAUGCUUUGCAAAAUAGGACAUUGUCUUAGUCCCACUGGGCUGCUGUAACAAAAUCCCACAGAUUGGGUAGCUUAUAAACAACAGAACUUUAUUUCUCACAGUUCUGAAGGCUGGAGUCCAAGAUCAGGGUACGAUUAUGGUUGGACGAAGGCUCUCUUCUGGGUUGCAGACUUUUCACUAUAUCCUCACGUAACAGAAGGGGAAGAGAUCUCUUUGGAGCCUCUUUUAUAAGUCACUGAUCUCAUUCAUGAGGGUUCCAUACUCAUGACUUCAGCACCUCCCCCAACCCCCACCUCCAAAUGUCAUGAUCUCUGAAGGUUAGGAUUUCAACAUAUGAAUUUUGGUGGAGACACAAACAUGCAGACCAUAGCAGGUAUCACAGAAAUUUAGCCACUGUUAUGUCAUGCCUGCUUGAGCAACAAAAGCUCCAAACAAGACAUUUGGUUGGAGGAUUGGUCUAUGAGAGGAUUAGCAUCUAGUGGGUUACAACUUACUGGAAGCAGAACAUAGACUCAAACCAUGCACCUCUGCCUUCCAGGGUCUGGCUCCUACAGUGGAAUUGCCACUUUAGAUGAAAUUCAAGACUUUCAGUCUAACUUUCUGAGGGAGGCAUUUGGGGGACGUUUUCUGUGAAGCCAUUGAGUCCCUCCUCAAAAGGCUGGGAGUGGGCCCAAGUAGAAGUCCAUCAUAUGUGGGUUGGGAAAGGUAGUGUGUGUCAUUGCUCCUGUCUCUGAUUCUUAUCCUCAGCUUGGAUCUGAGUGCCUAUAUUGUAUGUAACAGGAUUCUCUUUCCAUUGUGAUGAUGGGGAUUUUUAAAAAACAUGUUUAUUUAUUUUUGAGAGAGAGAGUGUGGGGAGGAGGGGCAGAGAGAGAGAGGGACAGAAGAUCCAAAGCGGGCUCUGCACUGACCACAGAGAGCCUGAUGUGGGGGGCUUGAACUCACAAACCAUGAGAUCAUGACCUGAGCUGAAGUUGGACACUUAACUGAGCCACACCGGUGACCCUGAUGAUGGGGAUUUUAAAGUAAUUAUUGGUUUACUUUUUGUCUUUUCUUUUUAACAUCCGCCUCCACCAUUUUCCAGUCAUUUUACUUGGAAUAAUAUACAUCAUAAGUGUUUUUCACAUUAAAUGUGCUCUUCAAGUGUUCUAUAGCCACCCCCUUCCUAUUUCUUGAGACAAUUAGUGCUGAUAAGGAUUUUAUGGGGUUUCUCUCUGUGUCUCUUCUGCCCUCUCUCUCUCUCUCUCUCUCAAUGGUGUUUUCCUUAAUUCUUCUUGGCCCAGUUUUGAGUUUCUUUGGUCUCAGAAACCUCCUGUGCUUCAUCUUUAGAGAAGAAUUUAUCUUUUGUACUUCUCAAAGCUUUUGUGUUUAGUGGCUCACUUUGCUUACGUGUGAGAGCUUUCUCGGGCAUUUUAUUAUUUGAUUCUUCCAUAUUCAAAGAUUUCUUAGAAUUUGCUGUGCUGAUAGUCUAACGUUCACUUGGUAAAUUGCUCAGAUGCAUUGUCUUGAGAGCAGAUUCAUGAUUUGUGCCCAUUAUAAUAGCUACUUCUGUCCUGUAUCCAUUGCACUUGGAAUGCUUCUUGCAGCCACUGAGCUUGUGCUGUAAGUAAAAGCACGGGCUUUUUACUGUUAUGAGCACAGUGGCUCAUGAGGCUUCACAAACUCUUUUACAUCAGAGCAUCUCAUAUGGUUGUGCAGAUUGCAUCCUAUUCAAGUGAGCUGGGCCAAGGGGCCAAGUGGGGGGCGGGGUGACUGCCAGUGUGGGCUUCCCCAGCCAAGUCGUGCACCUGGUGCAUGGCUGCAUCCCCAAGGAAGGGGCCUUUUCCUAAUAUGCACAAAGGUGUCAUAUGGGCCAGCAGCUGGUCUGCUCUAACUUGGCUGGGUGUCUUCAGACGAAAAGAUGGAAGAAGAGGUGAUGGUGUUUUUUGUGGAGGGCUGAGAUAUGCUUACCCACCUGGGAUCUUGAAGUUCUCCAAGAUGAAGGAAGUCAUUAGAAGCCAAAAGAAAUGGUUUAAAAGUUGUUAAAGAACCACUUGGCAUUUGCUAGCAUUUUACAUGCCCAGCAUGAUUUAUUACGUUCCCUCAGUUAUUCUUUACUGAAUAGGGUACUUGCAGUCAGUGCUAUAGAUCUGAUUUUAGCCUGUGUAGCCCCUGCAACACCUUGCCUGCUGAGUUCCAUGCUCCCUAGGCAAUUGCUGCCCCAAGUUGUAUUCAGGCAACCUAGCUCUAUUAAGAUAACCUUGUCCCCAGGGACUCUGACAAGCCAGCCUCCAUUUUCCACCGAGUUUGGUCAGUGCCCAGAGUAGCCCCACUUAGAGUCGGGAUGGCAUUUUCUGGAAGUCAACAGUAUAAUGACUUGGCAGCCUUCUUUGCCACACUGUAGUUGUAUCUGAGCGCUGCAUGUACCUUAGGCUUUUUAUUGUUUUCCUUAUGUUAACCAUAAAUACCCUUUCUCUGACUACUAUGGUGAAAGGAUAGUACAAUUUCAUUCAGCAAACAUUUCUUGAUGUUGCCCUUUGUUCAGAGAUCUAUGACUUGGACCUUUUCUACAUCGCACUGAAUGUAUCUGUUCACCUGGACAUCUGUACUAAUGUGGCCUAAAACUUUCUGUACUCGUUUUUGUAUUAGUCCACCAGAGGUGCCAGAAUAAAAUACCACAGACUGGGUGGCUUAAGUAACAGAGGCUUAUUUCUCACAGUUCUGGAGGCUGGGUGUCUCAAAUCAAAGUGCUGUCAAGGUUGGUUUCUGGUGAGUCCUCUCUCCUUGGCUCAGAGAUGGCUGCUUUCUCCCUGUGUCUUCACAUGGCUCUCUUUCUCUGUGCACUCCUGGAGUCUCUUUCUUUUCUCGUAAGAACACCAGUUGGAUUAAGGCCCUGCUUUUGUGGCCCCAUUCAACUUUAAUUAAAGGCCCCAUCUCCAAAUACCUUGGCAUCACCUUGGGCGUUAGGACUUCAACCUAUGAAUUUUGGGAGGACACAAUUCACUCCAUAGUAACCCACACUUCCUGGACUUUCUCAUUUGAACAAAUCCAGUGGAUAAUAAAACAACGACAUUUUAGUGAUACCUUUUCCGUCCAUUUGGGCUCAUGCAGCCAUGUUAAAGACUUCGUUUCCACCCUCAGAGAAACACUCCAUUUAGCAAUAAUUACACUUUGGAUCCUGCCCCUUAGAUGGUGUCCUAAUUGUUAUAUCCAAAAAAAUCUAAGUCUCAUUUUUGGAAACUGCUCCCCUAUGUUAAAUAUAGUGAAAUGCUUCCAGGCAAUCUCAUUUUGUUAAAAUUAAAUUGGUGUUUUCUGGACCGUAUUUGUCCCCUAAGCAGCAUUCUCGAAGGGCUUGGCAGGCUUGGCCCCCAGCCUGUGCUUGUAGUAAUCAUGUUGAUUUUUAAUCAAGAGACUUAUUUUGGCAGCUUCUCUUUUUUGAUCAUUUGAAAAAUACUUCCCGAUGUUUUAGAGUUUCGAUUCCUGGGAACUGGAUCAUGAAGAGGAGUAAAGACCUUAGUGUCUCAGGAAAAAAGCACCCACCUUGUAUAUAGCAUUAAUGGGCAAUUUUGGUAAUGACGAUGAUGAAGAGGAGGGUUUGAUUAUUUGAAUCUCCAAAUAUUUAGGGAUCAUCAGAACUUAUUUUCAUGUCUACCAUUCAAUAUUGAACAAAUUCAACCAUUAGAUUUUUUUCUGGGGUAAAAAUGAUUUCCAUGAGAAGAGGGUGUUUUUUCAGACCAUGUUGAAAUGCAGGUGCAUGCUAAAAAAAAUGUAAAUUCUUUGGUGAUUAAUCAUGAAAUGUUUCAGGGUUGUUAUAAGGAAGCUUAUCAGUUUAAUGAAAUAAGGGCCAUUUUCUUGGUCAUAAAUUUUUUAUUUGUGCUAUUUGAUCAGUUACUUGCUGGGCUAGAUGGUAUCUGUGGGUGUCACUGGUGGGUCAAAGACACAGGAUGGGAGAAAGAAAACAGCUGAGACUUAUUUAGUAAAGUCUGACACAUUCUGUGCUUGAAACAUUUGGCAAAUGGCAAAACCUACUGCUUAUGCUUGAAAUGAGUAACUGAAUGAGUAAAUGAAUGACUUCAUUAACUCAGGCUGGACUGUUUCCCAGUAAUCCAAAUUAGUGGUAGUGGCAAAGACAGUGCUAUGUGUUCACCAGACUCCUGUCCUUUUUCCUCCUGGGCACAUACCUGGAAUUGGGUAUCUCAUUUACCUUUGAUGUCCAGUAGGACUAUUGGGUUGAAUUCUGUCCAAUGGGGUUCGGUAGGAAUGACAUGCAACACUUUAAAACCUGGCUCCUGGGGCACCUGGGUGGCUCAGUCAGUUGAGCGUCCAGCUUUGGCUCAGGUCAUGAUCUUGUGGUUUGUGAGUUCAAGCCCCGUGUCAAGCUCUGUGCUGACAGCUCAGAGCCUGGAGCCUGCUUCAGAUUCUUUGUCUCCCUCUCUCUCUGCCCCUCCUCUGCUUGUGCUCUCUCUCUCAAAAACAAAAAACAAAACACAAAAUUUGGCUCCUAACAGUCCUCCUGCAUGAGGCUGCACAUUUUCUCUCUUCCCUUAUCCAGUGAUUGGGUGCAGAAGGUACAGUGGAAAGCCUAGGGGCUGGUGGAGACAUAAGAUGGAAGCAUGCUGGUCUCUGAAACACUGCAUGGAAUAGAGCCCCCUCAUCAACCAACAUGAGACUGUAAUGUGAUCAAGAAAUAAAUCGUUAUUGUGUUUUAAGCCACCCAAAUUUGAUUUGGGGGUUGUUAUGUUACCCUGUGUUAAUUAACAAUGAAGUUUCACCUUGGUUUUGUUUCUCAGUAUUAUUAUGCAGAGAAAAAUAUUUGACCCGAAAACAGUGAACACAGUAACCAAUGGAAGUACGUGUGCCAGUGUCUGCCCUAUUAAGAACAUAUUCCUGGGGUGCCUGGGUGGGUGGCUCAGUCAGUUAAGCAUCUGACUUCGGCUCAGGUGAUGAUCUCAUGGUUCUUGAGUUCGAGCCCCACAUCAGGCUCUGCACUGUAAGUACAGAAGUGAAGGGAUUCUCUCUCUACUUCUCUCUCUGACCCUCCCCCACUUUCUCUCUCUCUCUCUCUCUCUCUCUCUCUCUCUCUCUCUUUCUGUUUCUCUGUCUCUCUCUCUCUCUCUCUCAAAAUAAAUACAUAAACUUAAAAAAAAAGAGCAUACUUCUUUUGCUCUACUUAUUCUUAGUGGAAUCCCAGGGAUGUGCUAACUUACGGGCCAAUUGAGCGUAUGUCAGAAAUCUUGUAAAAUCACAUGAACACUAAAACAACAAAUAAAUACACAAUGUCUUAGAGAGGUGAGUCAUGCCAGGUGUUUCUACCUCUAAAAUCUUUAGGAGCCUACUUUCUCUGGAUAUAACCCAGAAGAUGAGAACAUCUACCUCUGGUGGCCAUCACCAUCUGAUGGAGGGAAGGCAGACACCAAUUCAGGCACAUGUUCUUAAUUGUGAAAAUCCCAUGAAAGAGAGAAAGUCUAUGAUUGCAGUGAGCUUCAUAGCAGCGUUCCUCUUCCUGCUGGUUGUGCGCCUUGUAAAUGAAGUGAAUUUCCCACUGCUGCUAAACUGCUUUGGACAGCCUGGCACAAAAUGGAUACCAUUCUCCUACACAUAUAGGCGGCCCCUUCGAACUCACUAUGGAUACAUAAAUGUGAGAACACAAGAGCCCUUGCAACUGGACUGUGACCUCUGCGCCAUAGUGUCAAACUCAGGUCAGAUGGCUGGCCAGAAGGUGGGGAAUGAGAUAGACCAGUCAUCCUGCAUUUGGAGAAUGAACAAUGCCCCCACCAAGGGCUAUGAAGAAGAUGUUGGCCGCAUGACAAUGAUUCGAGUUGUGUCCCAUACCAGUGUUCCUCUUUUGCUAAAAAAUCCUGACUAUUUUUUCAAGGAAGCAAACGCUACUAUCUAUGUUAUUUGGGGCCCUUUCCGCAAUAUGAGGAAAGACGGCAACGGCAUUGUUUACAACAUGUUGAAAAAGACUGUUGACAUCUACCCGAAUGCCCAAAUUUACGUGACCACAGAGAAGCGCAUGAGUUACUGUGAUGGCAUUUUUAAGAAGGAAACUGGGAAAGACAGAGUCCAGUCUGGCUCUUAUCUCAGCACGGGGUGGUUUACCUUCAUUCUGGCCAUGGAUGCCUGCUAUGGCAUUCACGUCUACGGGAUGAUAAAUGACACCUACUGCAAGACAGAAGGAUAUAGAAAAGUCCCCUAUCAUUACUAUGAACAAGGAAGAGAUGAGUGUGAUGAAUAUUUUCUUCAUGAACAUGCUCCAUAUGGGGGGCAUAGGUUUAUCACUGAAAAGAAAGUGUUUGCUAAAUGGGCCAAGAAACACAGGAUAAUAUUCACACACCCAAACUGGACAGUGUCUUGAUGUUAGUUUUUCUGAUCUUGCCACAACACUUAACAUGGUAAUACCACAACUGUGAUGAUAUUGAUGCUAAUGACGAUGACGGUGAUGACAAGGACAACAAUGAUGAUCAAGUCUGUACAUUCUCAGAUAUGGAUGGUGACCCUGCCAGUAAUUUGAACUUGGGAUUUCAUGGAGGGUGGUUGUGCUCUUUCCAUUUAUUCUGAAGGUUCAACAUUACAUACUGCACUUUAUAAUUUAACUGGAAUUGAAAUGAAGGCCAGUAACAUGACAGCCGUGACCUAAGAAAUGGGAAGAUUAUCCUUCAAGAUAGCUGCCCAGUAUUCUUGAACAGUGAAUAACUUUCAAAAGCCAUGGGAUUUGGCCUCGUGAGACUAGGUUAUUGACUCUAUGGUCUCUUCAACUUGAGCAGCUCCACCAUCUUGAAUGGUUAAUUGUCAAACACUGAUCCAAGAAAUUCUAUCUGGGUACAAAUAUUGUACCACACUUACUAGUUAGCCUAGAGGCAGUGAAGGAAUCUUCCUGACAUACCAUGGUCCUAGAGUACCUCCUACAGCUGAAGCCUCAGGCCAUUUCUUGAUUAACAAGGGAGAUAUCAUGGCCAUCGUACCCAUCAGGAUUAUUCAACAAUUCAAACACUUAAUUCAAAAUGGGCCAACUAGCAAAUCUUGAUGGAUUUCUGCUCCCACCACUCCAUUCUCACUACCCCAAACAAUAUAACCUAACCUGGUACUAGAGUGAUCUCUAUUACUGUUUAGUUAUUUUUGGUUGAGUCCUAAAUAUUUCAGAAAGCUAUUUAACAUGUAAGAUACCAACACUGUAAUAACAUAUACUGUGAAAACAUUCUUAAAACAUAACCAAAAGGGUUUACUAACUCUAUUUCAACAUCCAACAACACAAAAAUAUAUGCUUUUUAAAAUCAUGAAAUGAGGAAAGCAAAGCAUAUUUUUACAUCAAUUUGUAUCCUACCAUACUUCAUAAUAUAUAUUUGUAUAUUCAAAUUUCUAUUUUAUAGGCUCAAGAUGCAUCUCUCCAUACAUUACAUUAUCGUUGCCAAGUGCCAACUGUUAGACAUGGAGAGGAGAUGAUUCCUUGUAUUAAAUCUGACCAGAACUUUUGCCUUCUUGGGGUUUAUUUUCCCCACAGUGUAUCAGUUGUUAUACCAUAAUAACAACAAUAAUAAUGACCUUAAUGUCCAAAGUGCUUUGUCAUGUAGAGUCCUCAUACAUAUGCUGUCUCAUGUGAUGCCUGUGACCAUCCAUUGGGCUAUUGCCUGCACAUUCUGACAUCUCCUUAGCAGAUAAGCUGUAAUUUGUUAAUUGCUUUGAUAUAUUCCAGAUCUUCCCUUUGCUAAUAUUUGUAUAGAAUAGCAUUUAUGUAGACUAGUAACCAAUUGAUUUCAGUGCCAAAUAUAAUACAUCAGGAUAUGCAAAAAGUAUCACAAGGAUGGUCUUGGCCAUACACUAGGACUCCUGUGAACGUAAGUACUUUUGAUUUUUUUUUAAAUGACUCUUUUUAGGUAGAGAAAAAUGAGGAAGCAGGACAACAGGAGGGAAUGAACGCAGAGAAAUACAGUCUCCUGUCCCCAUCUUGAGAUGACAUUGUUCUCCAUAUAGUCAUUGUUCGUUAAAUAUUAGAGGACUGAUUUGCUGAGAGAGUUGCUGAGAGAUCAAAAAUAUCCUUGCAAAUUAUUCAAAAGAUGCAGCCAAGCUUAACUUACAGAGAAUGAUUUGGAGGAUGAGAGUGAUGAUACAUUUCACCUUAGGAGGUCUUUACCAUGCUAGGUCCCAUGAUUAGUUCUCAUUAAAUGAGCCAUCUUGGACCAAAGCCUCUUUGCUGCUCUCUGCUGCCAUUUUGAUAACACCAGUACAUCCAUGAAAAUGACCAAACACCACGGUGGAACUGUUACUGUUGUUAUUCUUCUGUUGUUUCCUCAUAUGGUUUUUAGUUCUGUGUAUGUCAAGAUUUUUUGAGCUAAUGAUGGAUAGAAUUGCCCACGCAAAGAAAAAUAAACAGAUGCAAACGUUAAAA